AUGCAAGUGGCUCAUUUACCUGUCGAGAUUUUAAGACAACCCGUUCCCCUAUCCAUCACCGAAAGCUGGCAGAAACACAAUACGCUGGACGAAGUUAUAGAAAUCGAAUUUACAGUUCGGCAAGCUGCACCUGAGGCUAUUUCCGAAAUCAACCAUGAUGAUUUUAUCAGUUGUGUCAGGCGUCGGGGACAAUUUGUCCUUACAAGCAGUUAUGAUGGAACUGUUCGGGUUCAAAUUGUGGGAGAAACUGCGCCUAUUUUCACCCUUACGUUGGACGAACAACCGAAGGUUGUGGAAUGGAUCAAAAUAGGUACGUCAGAGGCAGAAGACUCCAUGUUCAUUACUGGAGGGUUUGGACAAGUUGCUCGACUCUGGGUGUGGAACGUCGCAAAGGCCUCCGUAGAAUGCGUUGCUGCAUGCCGAGGUCAUAAGGAGACUAUUCUCUCCCUUUCUUCGUCCACGACCAUUGCCGGUUGCAACGUUAAUCUCUUCGCUUCGUCUUCCUUUGACUCAACCAUCAAAGUGUGGUCCGCAAGUCCUGAGGAAACUGACCUUUCAGAAGAGACUGGCGGAAUUUCACAUAAAAGAAAAUCCGAAAAUAAAAUUCCAGUUCGUAUUCCGAGGCUAACACUGGCGGGUCACCGUAAUAUGGUGAGCAGAGUGUGUUGGCUUGCCGACGUCGCCUCCACACCGAAACUUAUUUCCUGUAGUUGGGACCAGUCGAUUCGUCUGUGGGAUGUGGGCGUAGGAGCCGGGGAUCAAGUUGUCGCACCAAAGUGUGGUGAAGCCCGCUGCAUCAUGGUUGGAAGCCCUUUGCACGACCUUUCAGCCUCUCCAAAUGGUAUACUGGUGGCUGCCUCCGACAAUAAAGUCCGAAGAUACGACCUCCGGGCCAAAGACGCUCUCGCCCAGAUCGGAUUUCAGGGUCACAACAGUUGGCUGACCGCUGUGGCUUGGGCACCACACCGACCAGAUCAAUUUAUAACAGGCUCGGUCGAUAAAGUCGUGAAGUUGUGGGAUGCCCGGCGCGUGUCAGCGCCACUGUAUGAUCUAAUGGGUCAUCGGGAUAUGAUCACUUCGGUUGACUGGGCUCCCCCACACGACAACAAACACUACAUACUCAGUGCCUCGGCCGAUGGGACCGCUAAGAUUUACCACUACCCUACUUAG